UCAGAGCGUCAGGACUCCAUUAGAGUUGCAGCUGUUUUCAGAGAAACAUCAACAAAACGGGAUAACUGUCAGUACGCUUUAAGCCCGACAACGAGGCCUCAGAUCUGGAAGCUUAACCCUAAUUUCCCACCCGGAGCUCCGCCGGCUUCUAACCACGGCCGCUCUCGGUGAGGAAACUCUGGCCUCCGCUUCCUCCUCCUCCGACUCGGACACCGGCGGAGCGUCGCCGCCCCCGCGGAAGAAGCACCGAGCCUCGGCGGCGGAGGGAGCAGGAGAGCCCGGGGCUUCAGCAGUUGUAACAGGCCUAUCUGGAGUUGUCUUAGGACUUGCACCUCACUCUCAAACUACAUCAGCCAUCCAUUUUAACAGAAGUAUUGUCAACAAUCUUAGCAGCAACAUGCAGUCAAACGGGGCAGGACAGGGACAAGAAUCUUCAGAUCUUCCUUGCCUAAACAGCGCACAAAACGGGGAGUCAUCUUCGACUGGUGGAACCCAUUCCAACGGGCUUCUGUCCAGCACAGACAACGGUAACGGUGUCGGUACCAGUAAUGGGUCCGCAGUCGGACCCUGUUCGGGGACUUCGGCUGCUUCGGCGGCUUCGAGCUCGGAGGUUGGCUCGCUGAAAAAGAAGAAACGACUAUCGCAGGCGGAGGAAGAUGUCAUACGAUUAAUAGGACAACAUCUCAACGGACUGGGGCUGAAUCAGACGGUGGACCUGCUGAUGCAGGAAUCGGGCUGCAGACUGGAACACCCGUCAGCUACCAAGUUCCGCAACCAUGUCAUGGAAGGGGAGUGGGACAAGGCUGAGAAUGAUCUCAAUGAGCUGAGAGCACUGAUGCAUUCUCCUAACGCUAUUGUGCGCAUGAAGUUCCUGCUGCUGCAGCAGAAGUACCUGGAGUAUCUGGAGGACGGCAAAGUCUUGGAGGCUUUGCAGGUGCUCCGGGGAGAGCUGACGCCACUCAAAUACAACACAGAUCGCAUCCAUGUUCUCAGCGGGUACCUGAUGUGUAGCCAUGCUGAGGACCUGCGGGCGAAGGCAGAGUGGGAGGGCAAAGGCACAGCCUCACGCUCCCGGCUGCUGGAUAAAUUACAGACGUACCUGCCGCCCUCUGUGAUGCUGCCCCCCCGGCGACUGCACACCCUGCUGCGGCAAGCCGUGGAGCUGCAGAGGGACCGCUGCCUUUACCAUAACACCAAGCUGGACAACAACCUGGACUCCGUCUCCCUUCUCCUCGACCAUGUCUGCAGCAGGAAACAGUUUCCCUGUUACACCCAGCAGAUUCUGACGGAACAUUGUAAUGAAGUGUGGUUCUGCAAGUUCUCAAAUGACGGCACCAAGCUAGCCACUGGCUCCAAAGACACUACUGUCAUAAUUUGGCAAGUGGACCCGGAGAGCCACCAGCUGAAGCUGCUGCGGACCCUGGAGGGCCACGCAUACGGAGUCUCCUACCUAGCUUGGAGUCCUGAUGACACCUACUUGAUUGCGUGUGGACCUGACGACUGCUCUGAGCUCUGGCUCUGGAAUGUUCAGACGGGGGAGCUGCGGACCAAAAUGUCCCAGUCCCAUGAAGACAGUUUGACCAGUGUGGCGUGGAACCCUGACGGCAAACGCUUUGUCACCGGAGGACAGAGGGGGCAGUUUUAUCAGUGUGACCUGGACGGUAACUUGUUAGACUCCUGGGAGGGCGUAAGAGUGCAGUGCCUGUGGUGCCUGGGCGAUGGCAGGACUGUGCUGGCCUCUGACACCCACCAGCGUAUUCGGGGGUACAACUUUGAGGACCUCACCGACAGAAACAUAGUUCAAGAGGACCACCCUAUCAUGUCUUUUACUGUUUCAAAGAACGGUAGAUUAGCUUUGUUAAAUGUAGCAACUCAGGGAGUGCACCUGUGGGAUCUUCAAGACCGGGUGCUGGUGAGGAAGUACCAGGGUGUGACCCAGGGCUUCUACACCAUCCACUCCUGCUUCGGAGGACACAACGAAGAUUUCAUUGCCAGUGGCAGCGAAGACCACAAAGUGUACAUCUGGCACAGACGUGGUGAACUUCCCAUCGCCGAGCUCACGGGCCACACGCGCACCGUUAACUGUGUGAGCUGGAACCCGGCCAUCCCAGGCCUCAUGGCGUCUGCCUCAGACGACGGCACAGUGCGCGUCUGGGGUCCAGCCCCCUUUCUCGACUCACAGGAGGCAGAUGGGCUCAACGAAAACUGCAGUAACAUGGACAGUUGAUGGUCACCUAUGGAGCAGAUUACUUCUCUCUUUCACAACAAACCAAGAACCCCACAGUUUAACAAAAUGUAAAUGUGCAAACAAAAUCCAAAACCAUCAGAGAGCAAGUGAAGAAUAAAGAAAACAAAAUUCCACCAACAUAAAAGAGAAAACACAAGAAAUAUUGGUCUCCUGGCUGGCUUUGACAAAUGUUGGACACGAUGAUGAGAGACGCCCUGGAAAUUUAAGUCCUCAUCCAAAAAUCUGAUCCCAACUCGGAGGCCUGGAAAACCAGUCAGAGCCCAGCGGAGCCCUCCUCCGGCCAGCGGUCAUGGCUGUUCUCCUCUUUCAACUUGUCCUCCCCCGUUUUGCUGCAUGGUCACCGGCGAUGUCAGCUCCUCGUCAGUCUGGAAGGAAACCCCGCGUCGCCCUUGAGCCUGGAGCACAUGAAGCCCCCGUGACGUCUCCUGGCAGACAGCGCAGAGCAGGCGUCUGAUUGGACCACCCGCCUGUUUGUCUCUUACAUCAUGGGUCCGGUGUCUCCAUGGACAUGGGUGGGGUGUUGUUGGGGGUGGAUGGUGCAUAGGUGGAUAUAGCAACUCUUCUGUGUGUAUGUUUUCUUCUGCUCCUCUUUCUUGCUAUAUUCUUCAUCUGAUCGUUUGGACAAAGGCUGAAAAUCCUCCAUGAAAACUUUGACUGACCAGCUGACAAAGAACAGAAAAAAAAAUGGCUAUGCUAAAUGUUUGAAUUUUUUUUUAUGAUAGUCACAGCGUUUAUUGUCAUUUAAGAGGUGAAAUUUAGCUCAACUAGUGCCCAUGGAAAGCUUUAGUGUGAAGAUUCCACUUUCUGUUUUUCAACAUUAGGAAAAAAAAACUUUUUAUUCCUUAAUUUAACUUCUAACAAGGACAGUUGCUGUAAUAUUUCCCUAUGACAGCUUCUCCCCACGCUCAGCAACCUUCAUUGAGCUAGCUGCCGCACCACUCCAUCACAUCGGCCCCUAGAGGAGGACAGAGGGACUCGUAGGUCGCAUGUCAGCUGUGAGGGGGGUCACAUGGUCAGAGAGCUGUGGUUUCCACCUUCAAGACAUGUUCAUGACCCUCCUCGGAAAAGACGCUUUCAGAUGCGAAAAGAGCUCAAGUGCGACUUUGGUCACAAGCCGGCGUCUGCUGUCCCACCUCUGUGUGAGUGUGAGCGGUCGAGAGUGACUCAGAGCGAUUAUGCAUGCACACAAUAGUGAGUGAGUUGACAUUAUUGGGUGCAGAUUUAAUUGGCGUGUGUUUUUGUAAUGUGUUCAAUUCGCACCAGCAGAAGAUUCCCGCCCUCCCCUCCUAUUCCCCCUACUCCCAUAAUAAAAUUGUAAAGAGGAUUUUAAACCAGUUCUGAGUUAUCCAAAGCCCCAUAGGGACCUCUAUCUGUGGAACAAAGAAUACUUGAGAGCCAUUUUGUAAAAACUAACAUUUUUUGUUUUGUUUUUUUUCUUUUUAAUCCGGGGGCUUUCAUUUUUACCUUUAGAAUAUUUUUGGUCCUUAACCAUGCGGCAUUCAAACAGCACUGAGUUAUCGACAUUAGGUUUAUUAGGCAAAGAGAAGGAAAUAUACAAAAACGCUAUUCGAGUGAGGCAUGUUAUAGAGGAAAAGCUGUAUAGUGUUGGAUUACUAGAAAGGGGGUCACUUCACAAGAGAAUUUGAUGAUUGUAAUUAUUGGACAGGUUGUUAAUAUGGCCCUAAAUAGAAGAGGCACCGAUAACCAGAACCACGCACAGUUGUUGUCGACAUCCUAAAAACCCACACAAACUGCCUUCCUUUUCAUACACUUGCACACAAACCCUCAGUAUGUUUGACACCCUCACUGCACUUUGAGUGGUCUCCCUACUCUCUUGCACAUGCAGCGGUGGCACAAAUCCAUGAAGUUCGUAACCUUAUGGUCGCCACGCUCGCCGCCAUCCUUAUGGCUUUAAAAAAAAAAGGUCACAUUGGAAAAGACUUUAAACUCAACCGGAGAAUGCUAAAGGGAUUUAUUCUCUAUGCACCCACAGGAAGUGACUGACCUUCUAGACAAUAUGACACUCACAUUUGAAGGCGUAGCAGCCGCAUCUUGAGAGCACCACUCUUGGAGCUUAGAGAGAAUUCAGCAUUAACGGCCCAUUUUGCUCUCCAGCCAAGUUUAUUCAGUGGUCUUUGCACCAUUCAGAGCUUUCCUCCUCCCUUUUUCAGGGUAUGUAAUGACAAUUUGCUACAGACUGAUACAGUAAAAUGUUAAAAAACUGGUUUUCUGUCUGUUUUUAUUGAGCUUUUUUGUUACUUUAAAUUUUUGUUCACAUUAUAUCAUUUUUGGUUGAUCUCUUUCCCUGUAUGAUCAUAUUAAAAUAUAACCAGACUUUUGGAGUCCUCCUUUUUUUUCUUUUUUUUUUGUAAAU